UCUCGGCUUUUCUUCUUCUGCGCCCGACUGUUGUUACUUUCUUCCAUUCCAUAAUUAUAUCAAGAGAAUCAAAAUUUUAAACCGAACUUUUUGUUCUUCUUGAAACGAACAGAAGGCUUAGAAGAUGCAAGGAGGCGAAGAACUUAGCAUCGAUGAGCUCGCUUCGAAUCUUUCAACCUAUAAAGAACAGCUUCAGCAGGUGAGAAAACUAUUGGCUGAUGAACCUGGAAACUCUGAGUAUGCAGACAUGGAAAAAGAGCUUCAAGAGGUGAUUGCACUGACAGAGGAGCUCUUUUCAACAGCGAAGCAAAAUGAAAUUUCUGGAUCGGAAGUUGGGAGUGAUGAUGCUAACGUGCUUUCACAUGGUCAGCAGUAUGUGGGGACUUCUGGUUAUGAUAUGGCAUCAAACAACAUCUUGGAGCCGUUUGAGAAGCUUCCUGUUGGCUCAAAAGUCCAAGCUGUCUGGAGUGAAGAUGGGGAAUGGUAUGAUGCAACGAUUGAUGCACAUACUCCAAAUGGAUACUGUGUUUCAUACGAUGAGUGGGGGAAUAAAGAAGAGGUGGAUCCUGGCAAUGUAAGGCCAAUCCAAGAAGGAGUGGUCGAUGCUUUGGUGGAAGCUGAGAGAGUAGCUGAAGCUACAAAGCAGGCCAUCAAGCGAAAGAUUGCACAAGCAGCUACCACCGACUUCCAAUCACGAACUUUACCAGCAAAGCUUCGUAUAGAUCCUGAUGAUCCUGAAGAUGUGAAAGCUGCGAAGAAAAAGAAGAUACAUGCUUUCAAGUCGAAGAACAGGUUUGAGCAAUUGGAAGUCACACAAAAUAAGCGACAGAAUGCAUGGCAGCAAUUCCAGACAACCAAAGGCCGUGCUAAGAAGGUUGGGUUCUUCUCGGGACGCAAGCGUGAGAGCAUCUUCAAGUCUCCGGAUGAUCCAAAAGGGAAGGUUGGUGUGACUGGCAGUGGAAAGGGAUUGACGGACUUCCAGAGACGGGAAAAGCACUUGCAUCUGAAGGGUGGAACUGUUGAAUCAGAAGAUUAGAGCACUUCAUUAAUGUGUUUCUCUAUUACUCAUUGUGGUUGCAUCACCAUUUUCUGCAAAUCUCUCAUCUGAUUGCAGAAAAAGUCUCCAGCAAAACAAGAAGGAUUAUUAAUCACUUUGGACCUGGAAAAACCGGUCGUUGGUUUAUCUAUGCUUCAGUAGUGCAUGGCCAUAUUGAUGUAAAACCUUUAUACAGAACUCACGGUAAAUCAUAUAGUUCUGUUUAGUUUA